AUGCACAUUUUACCCUUGAAAAUCGUAUUUUGGAUCUGUUGGUCAAUUCUGCUGAAAAUAUGUGAUGCAUAUGAAGAAACAAGUUUUUCCAAUUUAAAUUGGGAAUAUGACCUGUUCAGCAUAGGGGAUUUGCACGGAGAUAUGGAUGCAUUUUUAAAAAUUUUAUUAAGAGAAAAAAUGAUAGACAACAAUUAUAAUGUGAUAAGAGAAAAUGUUUUAAUAGUUAUAACUGGUGAUGUUUUGGAUCCAAAUUAUGAUGAUAUAAAUAUAUUAUUUUUUAUCGAAGAAUAUAAUGAAAAGGGGAAAUUGUUGAAUUCGAAAAUUUUAAUGGUAAUGGGAAAUCAUGAAGUUAAAAAUAUGUGCCUAGAAUUUAAUAAAGUGGAAACGGAUAUAGAAAAAUACAAAAACAGAAACGAUAUGUUCAUGAAAAAUGAAGCACUAUAUAACAUUUUAAUGAAUAUGCCAUUUGUUAUUCGGGUAAAUGAUAUGGUAUUUUCACAUGCAGGAGUAUUACCAUAUUAUGCCUCCUAUGGUAUUGAUUAUAUAAAUAUGGAGGGGAAAAAGGAAAUUGAAAACAAUUGUAAACUCCUAUUCGAUAAACGAAAAAGUAAAGAAGAGUUUUGUGUAUGUUGUGAUUAUGGAGUUACAUUAAAUCGAUAUUUUUCUUUUGUUAAUAAUGGUAUUUUUAAAAAGUGGAUGGUUUGUUCCACUUUAAAUAAAUCGUUAAAUUUAUUAAAUUCGAAUAAAAUGAUAAUUGGACACACUGUUCAGGAGAAUAAAAAGGUCAACAGAUUUUGUGAUGAAAAGUUGUUAUUAACUGAUACAGGCAUAAGUAAAUGGAAGAAUGGAGUCAUUUCUUAUGUGAAGUACUUUAAAAAUGGCACAUAUGAUGUGCGUUAUAUAUAA